AUGGUAAAUUCAUUUGUCGUCGACAUCCAUACCCAUGUCUAUCCCCCCGCCUAUAUCAACAUGCUGCGGGGGCGCAAGACAGUGCCUUACAUCCACGACCCAUCCGAUGGCGGUCCCCCUCGUCUGAUUAUCCUCGCCUCCGAUGAUGACCCCAAUAUUCCACUUGAUCAACGUGGUCGACCCGUCGACUCUUCCUACUCCGAUAUCAAAGUCAAACUUGAUUUCAUGGAAAAACAUGGAAUUGACUGUAGCGUGAUCUCGCUGGCAAAUCCAUGGCUUGAUUUUAUUGGCAAAGAAGAGCCAGGAUCGGUGAACAGUGGUGAUGCAGCCUCAGAAUGGGCACAGAAGAUCAAUGAUGAUCUUGAGGCGACUUGUGUGCAAACAAAUACGGCAGCCUCCAUAAAGUCUCUCUUUGCAUUCGGCACUUUACCUCUCGGGUCUCCCAGCCAGCAGGCCGCUGCAAAUGAGAUCCACCGAAUCAAAUCCCUCGCUCAUAUUCGUGGAGUCAUUAUGGGCACGACUGGACGAGGCGCCGGACUUGAUGACCCCGCGCUAGAGGAAGUGUGGGGAGCUCUUCAAGAUACCCAACUCAUGCUUUUUCUCCAUCCGCACUACGGCCUACCGGACGAGGCUUUUGGCGGGCCCGAAAUUGUUCGUCGAUAUGGUCAUGUUCUCCCUCUUGCACUCGGCUUUCCUAUUGAGACGACCAUUGCCAUCACCCGAAUGUACCUCAGUGGGGUCUUCGAUCGUUUCCCUCAUCUGCAGAUACUAUUGGCCCAUUCUGGCGGCACAUUACCAUUCCUUGCUGGUAGAAUUGAAAGUUGCAUUGCACACGAAAGAACUUUUCAGGCCAAUGGUGGCAGCAUGCCCGGACCCCAGCGUGGUAUCUGGGAUGUGUUGAAGACAAAUAUUUACCUAGAUGCGGUCGUCUACGGUACCGCAGGCUUGAAAGCAGCCAUCGAAGCUGGAGGUGGCAACACUGAUCGAUUGCUAUUCGGUACCGAUCAUCCUUUCUUUCCGCCUUUGAAUGAAGAAGACGAGAAAUGGACCAGCGUGACUACCAACUACAACGCUAUCCAAGAUACAUUGGGCAGUGAUAGAAAGGCUGUGGAUGCAGUAUUGGGAGGUAAUGCGGUCCGUGUUCUCAAUCUGAAAUAG